AGUAGGAAGCUAUCGUUUGUAAACAAAGUUUUUUGCCUUUUGACACAUAUACAUAUGUACCCGAUUGAAUUAUUAUUAUUUUCUAUUACCCCUUUAAUAAGUGAUCACAAGCUUCCGUCACAUCAGUGAUCUCUGAUCAACUGCCCCGUGAGUAUCGUCCUGUGAGAGUGUGAGUCCUGUCUGUCGCACCGAGAGUCAACACACACCCAUGCAUGUGGGUCUCCAAAUUGGCCGGACUUGACUUUUUAAAUCCCCGUCGAUACUUUUAAAGAAUGAUCGUAGGACACUCCUUGCUCGCCCUUUAAAUCAACUCCUCGAAACCUGAUGAUCAUCAUCGGAAAAUUGCGAUAAGUAGGUACAGCACAUCAUAUAAGUACCAGCCGACACGGUGAUAACCUGGCAUGCGUCUCUCAGCCAACAUGGCCACCGGCAAGGGCUUCGCCGUGAUCCUAAAGCCUCGAAGUUUGGGUCUCUUUGGGCCCGGCAAGGCUCAAUCGGCCCACAGCUCGUUGCCCCUUCGUGCACCAGGAUGCCGGCGACAUUCUACCGCGGCCACGCAGGCUGUCGACUCGUGGUGCGCCAGACUACGGCCGACAAAGUAUUCCGUUACAGGAACACUACAGAGUUACAGAUCAUUUCACUUGUCUAGCAGAGUAUUUGCCAAGAAAAAUUACUAUGAAAUACUGGGAGUUUCUAGAAAUUCUUCCGGAAAAGAUAUAAAAAAAGCAUACUAUCAGUUAGCCAAGAAAUACCACCCAGACACAAACAAAGAUGAUCCAAAUGCCAGUAAAAAGUUUCAAGAAGUGUCAGAAGCUUACGAAGUGCUUAGCGAUGAGACUAAAAGAAAGGAGUAUGAUACUUGGGGCGCAACAUCAGAACAAAUGGGUAUGGGGGCUGGACAAGCCGGAAGGAACACUGACACCAGAGAUUUUAACUGGCAGUUCAAGUCGACUAUCAAUCCUGAGGAGUUGUUUAGAAAAAUUUUUGGAGAAGCUGGUUUUAAUCAAGGCAAUUUUAACCAAGACUUUGAAGACUUUUCUGAAUCCAGAUAUGGUUUUGGAGCAGCUCAAGAGGUUAUCAUGAAUCUGACGUUUAGUCAAGCUGCAAGGGGUGUAAAUAAAGACAUAAACGUAAAUGUCAUAGAUACAUGUCCAAAAUGUCAAGGUAGUCGAUGUGAAUUGGGUUUUAAACCAAUAAAGUGUCAUUAUUGCAAUGGAACUGGAAUGGAAACAAUUAGUACGGGACCCUUUGUUAUGAGAUCAACGUGUAGGCAGUGCCACGGUACCAGAAUGUACAUAAAACAUCCUUGCGCUGAGUGUGAAGGAAAAGGACAGUCUGUGCAGCGCAAAAAGGUAACAGUACCAGUACCUGCGGGCGUCGAGGACGGCCAGACGGUUCGGCUAGCCAUUGGCAACAAGGAGAUCUUCGUGACAUUCCGCGUGGAGAAGUCAAAGUACUUUAGACGCGAUGGCCCAGAUAUCCACACUGACGCCGAGAUAAGCGUAUCUCAAGCCUUGCUUGGUGGUGCGAUACGCGUCGAGGGCGUUUACGAGGCCUUGAACAUUCAGAUCCGACCUGGCACCUCUUCUCAUACAAUCGUACGUUUGGGCGGUAAAGGCUUGAAAAAAGUGAAUACACUCGGUUACGGAGAUCAUUAUGUUCAGCUGAAGAUAAAAGUGCCGCAGUCGCUGAAUACGAAGCAGCGUGCGCUCAUACAGGCGUAUGCAGAGCUCGAGGAGGGCACGCCGGGUUCGAUACACGGCAUCACUAUGAAAAAGGACGGUACAAAAGAGUGCUACCACGAGCCUUAUGAACUCAUGAAUUCUAUUCGGAAAGCUCUUAACGGUUCCAGUCCAACAAUGAAAACGAAAAAGUUUGCCCCAGAUGAUCCAUCGGACAAGCCGCAGGACGCCGCCUCAGAUAGUGACGUCGAUGAAAAUGAGCGACGAAAGAUGCCGUAAGAAAGGUCAUUCACACAUGCAUACCGACACUUAAGCUCACAUAUAUAAAUACAAUUACUUUUGGGGACUGUGAAUAUGUAAUGGAUAUACAUAAUUGUAUGGAGUAUGAAUUUGAAGCUGGGCACGCGCAAAUGUCCAUGGUAAAUGAGAGCCUUCAAAGAAACUAGUUGUUAAAGUUGUAGAAUGUUUUUAAUUAUUUUUGGGACGAGGCGACGAGGAGUUCGUUGCUUUGAAUAAACAGAAGCAGCUGCAUCGGCUUCACCCUUAGAAGUUGUAAAAUUGUAAAAUAGUUGAGUGUAAUCGAAACUUAUCGGAAAAUGAAUCUUUUCGAUUGAUUAACGAUAAUAAUAACGAACCACAGUCUGAUACACAAUUUUCAAUCAAUACUAUCAAAAUUUUAUAAUGAUGACAUUUUUUGUCUUUUUUUGAUCAUUUGAGAACCAAAAGAAUCGUUUUUCCUUGAGUUUUGAUUCAACGCCUUAUUACGAAUUAAAUUUCGAGUUUUUAUUUUUUCAAGUGACUGUUUUAUUCUGCCAGAUUAAGCAAAAAUGUACUCGUUUGUUUUACAUUUUUA